AUGCCCGGCAGCGACCUGCGCCUGCUUGCCCUCGACGGCGGCGGCGUGCGCGGUCUGUCCGCCUUGAUGAUCCUUGAGCAGCUGAUGGAGGCCGUCAACCCUGACGCGCCACCAAAGCCAUGCGACUAUUUUGACAUGAUCGGGGGCACAAGUACGGGCGGCCUAAUCGCCAUCAUGCUGGGCCGGCUGAAGAUGAGCGUUGCCGACUGUAUCACCGCGUACUUGUCACUCUCCGACCGCGUAUUCCGCAAGACACGACACCGAGUGACGGUCAAGGGCCAGGUGCAGGGCCGGUUCGACGCAGAGGAGCUGGCGCGGGCAGUAAAGGAGGUAGUGAAGCAGCAAGGCAUGAAGGAGGACGCGCUACUUAAGGAUGUGCCUGAAGCAGAGUGCAAAGUCUUCGUGUGUGCUACGAGCAAGGAGACGAGCGAGACCGUCUGCCUCGCGAGCUACCGCACACCGCGCGGCAGCAGCGAUCUACUAAACAGCGUGACGGUAUGGGAGGCCUGCCGAGCCACCUCUGCAGCCACCUCUUUCUUCGACCCCAUCGCCGUCGGUCGGUUUAGCGAGGAGUUUGUGGACGGAGCGACAGGCGCAAAUAACCCAGUGCGGGAGCUGUGGGACCAGGCACAGCUAGCGUGGGGCCCUGAGCCACUAGAGGGCAAGGUCAAGUGCGUGGUCUCGAUCGGGACGGGAGUGCCGUCGCUUAAGGCGUUCAAGGACGACGUCUUUCAGAUUGGUAAGACGCUGGCUGCGAUAGCCACAGAGACGGAGCAGACGGCAGAGCGGUUCCGGCGCGAGCGGGGGCUGCUAGACAGCACGGGGCGGUACUACCGGUUCAACGUAGCGCGAGGCCUGGAAGACAUUGGGCUGGAGGAGGCGAAGAAGGUUAAGGAGAUGGCGGCGGCAACGCGACGGUACAUCAGCUCGCAGGAGGUGCACCAGCAGAUGCAGGCAUGCGCGGGCAGCAUUGCAGGCCGAGAGUACUUUGGAGAAUAUAAGACUAACUUUAGCCUCGAGGGCGUGCCAAGAGUGCGUCAGUUUGUGGAUAGGCCAGCGGAGAUGGCAGAGCUCGAACGCGUGCUCUUGCCACAACCAGGGCACGACCAGCGCCAGAAGAUACACGUGCUGCGUGGUCUUGGCGGGAUGGGCAAGACGCAGCUGGCGGUCGAGUUUGCCCGACGACACCACCGCCGGUUCAGCUCGGUGCUCUGGCUUGACGGACGCAGCGAGGACAUCCUUAAGCGCAGCAUCGCGAGCUGCGCAGGCAGGAUCCCGCAAGGCCAGAUCCCUGAGACAAGCAGGCAAUACGCAGCAGAUGCUAGCGCUGAUAUAGAUGCAGUAGUUAAAGACGUCAUAGCCUGGCUUGCACGGCCUGACAACACAGCCUGGCUGCUUAUCUUCGACAACGUCGACCGAGAGUACGCGGUGAAAGGGGGCGACUCUGAUGCGUACGACGUGAGGCGCUACUUCUCUGGCGCAGACCACGGGUCAGUGCUGGUGACGACUCGACUGGCACGGCUGGAGCAGCUGGGCGAGUCGCAGCAGCUGGGCAAGGUGUCUACAGAACAGGGACAGGCCAUCUUGGAGGGCUGGUACAGGAAGAAGGAUGCUGAGAGCGAGCGGCUGCUACGGAUGCUAGACGGCCUCCCGCUCGCGAUUGCCCAGGCGGGUGCGUACCUGCAGGAGAGCGGAGUAGGGCUAACGACGUAUCUGAGGUUCUACGAGCAGCAGUGGAGCGAGCUGAUGGAGGUGGGCCACGAAGGUGAUGCACCGCUUCAGGACUACCCAGAGCGCAGCGUGUGGACGACGUGGGCCAUCUCGUACCAGGCGAUCCGCGACAGACAUGAAUAUACGGCCAACCUGCUGCUGCUGUGGUCGUUCCUAGACAACAAAGACCUUUGGUAUGGCUUGUUUGCUACAGCAUGCAGGAGGUCUGCUGUAGCUGCAAAAAUACUAUUAGGGUGGGUCGGAGACAUUGCGAGCAGCGAGAUCAAGUUCAGCAGAGCGAUGCAGCUGCUGUGUAACUACUCGCUAGUAGAGCAGAUGCAAGAGUCGGGGAGCUAUGCAACACAUCCAGUGGUACACCAGUGGGCGCAUCACUCGCAAGGCAAGCGCUUCGCAACAGAGCUAGGUCGACUGGCGGUGGUUGCUGUUGGUUGGGCUGUGCCGGACAGCUCUACUCGAGACUAUGCUGCGCUGCAAAGACGGCUUCUUCCACACGCGCAGACGUGCUUUAGUCAGAUAGUCAGGAGCGAGGCAGUUUGGCGUGGAAGAGCUGAGGGAGGUAGUGAUCGAGACGUCGAUGAAGGCGAAGAGCGAGAGACUAUUCUUAAUGCUAUGAAUCUUCUAGGCAACCUCUACUACAACCAAGGCAAGCUGGACGAAGCAGAGCAGAUGUACGAGCGGGCGCUGCGAGGAAAAGAAGAGGCACUCGGGCCUAGCCACACAUCGACACUGGACACGGUCAACAACCUGGGCAACCUCUACAAGAACCAAGGUAAGCUGGGCGAGGCAGAGCAGAUGUACUUGCGGGCGCUGCGAGGGUACGAGGAGGCACUCGGGCCCACCCACACGUCGACACUAAACACGGUCAACAACCUGGGCAACCUCUACAAGAACCAAGGCAAGCUGGGCGAGGCAGAGCAGAUGUACAAGCGGGCGCUGCAAGGAUACGAGGCACUCGGCAGUGUUCGCGUCCAGCAGUACCUGCCAGCAUUCAAUACCUUACAGAAUAUGGGCGAUCUUUAUGCAAAGCAAGCCGAGAUCGCCAAAGCUCGAGCGGUGUAA